UUGCCAUGUCGGACAGGCCCCCAGACCCAACACUCACGGUUCAACGUGGAACAGAACAAGGAAUGUCUCAUACAGAUCAGCAGAUACAAGUUUUCCCUAGUCAUCUCCGGCCUUUACAAGAUCUUACAGAAAGUCAAUGAGAUGCGACCCCAUGGCCCAGACUUCGAGAAGAACUACUAUGAGUCACUACUGAUUGUUUUAGACACCCUGGAGAAGUGCCUGUCUUCCCAGCCAAAAGAUACAACUAGAGAUGAAGCAAUGAAUGUGAAACUCCUCUUAAGGGAAACUUGUCAGUUUAUUGAUCUACCAAAUAAUGAUCCUAUGGUAGUUCAGCUAAAGAAUUUGGCAUCUAAAGUGCUGUUUGCUCUCAGCCUCAACAACUUCAAUGCUGUUUUCAAUCGAAUAUCUGUGAGAUUACAAGAACUAAGUACAAGUAGCACAGAAGAAAAUCCGGAUUAUAGUGAUAUUGAGUUAAUACAGCACAUUAAUGUUGAUGUAAACAGACUCAUCAAGCUUCUAAAUGAAACCAUUCAGAAAUUUCGAAGUUUACGGAAGAAUGCUCAAAUAGUGCUUAUGAACUCAUUGGAAAAAGCAAUAUGGAAUUGGAUGGACACAUACCCAAAUGAGUUUGCUGAUCUGCAGAAACGACGGAAUGAAGAUUUAGCGAAGUGUUGUGAGAUUAUGUUUGAACAUCUGGACAGCUUUACAGAAAACAAUAAAAGAAGAGCUGCUGUUUGGCCCUUGCAAAUUAUGUUGUUAGUUCUCUCACCUAAAGUUUUAGAAGAAAUCGUGAAUGCAGAUGCUGGUGCUCCAUGUUCGCAGAGGCAUUUCAAAAAGAAGCAGUUCAUUGACCAGUUGAAAAAGGCUUUGGUGCCUCACAACAUUAGUAGACAUCUAACUGAAGCAGCAGCUGUCACCUGUGUAAAGCUGUGCAAGAUUGCAACUUAUAUUAAUAUCAACGAUUCAAACAAUGUUGUUUUUGUAUUAGUGCAAAGUGUGAUUAGUGAACUUAAGAAUUUGCUCUUCAACAUUGUGAAACCAUUUUCCCGUGGCCAAGCAUACAUUUGCCAAGAUGUAGAUUUAAUGAUCGACUGUUUUGUGUCCCUGUUCCGCAUCCUCCCACACAACAACGAGGCUCUCAAAGUCUGCCUUAAUCCAAAUUCCCAGUCAACUUACCAUUUUGUGUUGGUCAGCUCUCUAUACAGAAUAAUCACACAACCAAGACUGCCUUGGUGGCCACAAAUUGACAUUGUAUAUAACAAGUCGAGUGAGCUGAGGUCAAUGUUCACUGAUACUCUGAACAAGGUCACACAAGGUUGCAUCUCUCAUACUCCUCUAAGGAUGAUUCAUGGUCUAACACUGAAAGAGAAAGUGAUACCUCUGAAGUUCAAGGAAAAGUCCUCAGAUGAAGCUCCAUCUUACAAGAAUCUGCUGCUGUGGAUGGUUCGCCUGAUUCACGCAGAUCCUAUGCUUAUGCUGAAUAAUCAAGGCAAAGCUGGUCAUGAGAUCCAGAGUUCUACGCUUGAGCUCAUCAAUGGCUUGGUGUCAUUGGUUCAUAAUCCCUCAAUGCCUGAUGUUGCUGCUGAAGCCAUGGAGGCAUUGCUUGUGCUUCAUCAGCCGGAGAAGAUUGAGAUGUGGAAUCCCGAAGCUCCCAUCAAUACAUUUUGGGAUGUCAGUUCACAGGUGCUGUUCUCCAUAUCCCAGAAGCUUAUACAGCAUCAGAUUGUCAACUACACAGAGAUUCUCAAAUGGUUGCGGGAUAUCUUGGUUUGUCGUAAUGCCUUCCUUCUUCGCCACAAGGAUUACGCCAAUUGCAAUAUUGGUGCUCAUAUAGCUAUUUGCAAACAAGCCCAUAUCAAACUAGAGGUUGUGUUCCUAAUGUACCUGUGGAGCAUAGACAUGGAUGCUGUGCUAGUUGCUAUGUCAUGCUUUAGUUUGCUGUGCGAAGAAGCAGAUAUUAGGUGUGUGUGGGAUGAAGUCACAGCAACAGUUACCUACCUGUUACCAAACUAUCAUGUCUACCAGGAGUUAGCUUCUGCCUCUACCGUCCUCACAACAGGCAGGGCUGCUCUCCAAAAACGAAUCAUGGGUUUACUUCGGAAGAUUGAGAAGUGGACGCCUGGUUGCCUGCAGGCUUGGGAGGACACUUUUAUUAAUUGGGAAAACUCCACAAAGAUGUUGGUUUCUUAUCCAAAAGCAAAGCUAGAGGAGGGCCAAAUAUCAGACAGCUUCCACCGCACUGUGUAUAGGAGGAGAGCUUCACACCAGAGUACAGAACAUGAGCUUGAGAUACAGGACCAAGUAAAUGAAUGGGCUAAUAUGACUGGAUUCCUCUGUGCUUUGGGUGGAGUGUGUUUGCUAGGGAAGUCCCCUUCGCGGCAGCAAGGUGUAAGCUCAAACCUCACUAGUGAUGUAAGAAAACCAGCAGUUUUACCCAAUACCAACCAGGAUAUGCUCUACUGUCCAGUCACACAGUUUGUAGGGCACCUCCUCAAGCUCUUAGUCUGUAACAAUGAGAAGUUUGGAACCCAGAUUCAGAAGCAUGUGAAGGAGUUGGUUGGCCAUGAGAUGUCACCAUUGUUGUAUCCAAUUCUUUUUGACCAAAUUAAAGUCAUUGUGGAUAAGUUCUUUGACCAACAAGGCCAGGUUAUUGUAAGUGAACUAAACACUCAGUUCAUUGAACACAUAAUAUUCAUUAUGAAGAAUGUUUUGGAAAACAAGACCGAUCAUCCAUCUGAGCAUCUUGGUGUCACAUCAAUCGAACCGAUGAUGUUAGCUAUUGUGAGAUAUGUACGUCAUCUAGACACCACAGUGCAUACGUUGCACAUCAAGACUAAACUGUGUCAGUUAGUGGAGGUGAUGAUGCAAAGGAGAGACGACCUGGCCUUCAGACAAGAGAUGAAGUUCCGCAACAAGAUGGUAGAUUAUCUGACCGAUUGGGUCAUGGGAAAUUCUCACCAAAUUGCUCCCCCAGGAACUAUAGAUGUUGCCACUGUUUCAAAUAUGUACAUGCAAUAUGAUAUCACGGGAUGUUGUCGAGACCUUGAUCAAGCAUGCAUGGAGGCAGUAGCUGCCCUUUUGCGAGGGCUGCCACUCCAGCCAGAGGAAAGUGACCGUGGGGAUCUGAUGGAGGCAAAAUCUCAGCUCUUUCUUAAAUAUUUUACCCUUUUCAUGAACCUCUUGAAUGAUUGUAUGGAAGCUCAGGAAGUUGAGAAGGAUGUUGCACGACAGCGGGUGCAACCUGGUAAACUUUCAACACUGCGUAAUGCAACUAUCCAAGCCAUGUCAAAUCUGUUGUCAGCUAAUAUUGACUCUGGCCUGAUGCAUUCCAUUGGACUAGGGUAUCACAAAGAUUUACAAACUCGAGCAGCUUUUAUUGAGGUGUUAACAAAGAUUCUCCAGCAAGGCACAGAAUUUGACACCCUAGCAGAGACUGUGCUUGCGGAUCGGUAUGAGCAGCUGGUGCAGUUGGUGACAAUGAUUGGGGACAAAGGAGAACUACCAAUAGCUAUGGCUCUGGCAUCUGUUGUUGUUACGCCACAAAUGGAUGAGCUAGCACGUGUGUUUGUGACAUUAUUUGAUGCCAAGCACUUGCUUUCCCCAUUACUCUGGAAUAUGUUUUACAAGGAGGUUGAAGUAUCUGACUGUAUGCAGACUCUCUUUAGAGGCAACUCACUUGGAAGCAAGAUAAUGGCAUUUUGCUUCAAGAUCUAUGGAGCAUCUUAUCUGCACAAUCUCCUAGAACCCUUAAUACGGCCGUUAAUGGACGACGUUACCCAUUCCUAUGAAGUUGAUACUGGAAGAUUAGAUCCAUCAGAGAAUGUAGAAGAAAAUAGGAGAAACCUUAUAGCACUUACACAGAAAGUCUUUGGUGCUAUCAUUUGCUCUUCAGACAACUUUCCACCUCAGCUACGAAGCAUGUGUCACUGCCUAUACCAAGUCUUAAGCAAAAGAUUUCCUCAGUUCCCACAAAAUAAUAUUGGUGCUGUGGGUACUGUAAUAUUCCUCCGAUUUAUAAAUCCUGCUAUUGUUUCCCCCUGUGAGACUGGCAUCCUGGACAGUCAGCCGUGUGGACAAGUGAAACGAGGGCUGAUGCUGAUGUCCAAGAUCCUGCAGAACAUUGCCAAUCAUGUAGAAUUCAGCAAAGAGCAGCACAUGCUCCCCUUCAACGACUUUCUGAGGCAGCACUUCGAAGGGGCGAGAAGGUUCUUCAUCCAGAUUGCUAGCGAUUGCGAGAGUGUGGAACAGACCAGCCAUAGCAUUUCAUUCAUCAGUGAUGCUAAUGUGCAUGCUCUUCAUAGAUUACUGUGGAAUCAUCAGGAAAAGAUAGGGGAAUAUCUGUCAAGCAGUCGGGACCAUAAAGCAGUUGGCAGAAGACCAUUUGACAAAAUGGCUACGUUGCUAGCAUACUUGGGACCACCUGAGCACAAACCCAUUGAUUCUCAAUGGAGUAGCAUGGACAUGACAAGCACAAAGUUUGAAGAGAUUAUGUCCAAGCACAACAUGCAUGAGAAAGACGAGUUCAAGUCCAUUAAGACGCUAAACAUUUUUUAUCAAGCGGGAACAUCUAAAGCUGGCAAUCCUGUGUUUUACUACAUUGCCAGAAGAUACAAAAUUGGGGAGACGAAUGGCGAUCUUCUCAUAUACCAUGUGAUACUCACUCUCAAACCCAUUUGCCGAAAGCCUUUUGAACUCGUUGUGGAUUUCACUCACACUUGCGCAGAUAAUAGAUUCAGAACGGAAUUCCUGCAAAAGUGGUUUGUAGUGUUACCCGAGGUUGCAUAUGAGAAUAUCCAUGCUGCCUAUAUCUACAACGCCAAUUCCUGGGUGAGAGAGUACACAAAAUAUCAUGACAGAAUCUUGGCACCCUUAAAGGGUCACAAGAAACUGAUUUUCUUGGAUGCACCAGCACGGCUAAAUGACUACAUUGAGCCUGACCAACAGAAGCUACCAGGGGCAACUACUUCCUUAGAUGAGGAUCUUAAAGUCUUCAAUAAUGCACUCAAAUUGUCUCAUAAAGACACAAAAGUUGCUAUCAAAGUGGGUCCUUCAGCAAUCCAGGUAACCUCAGCAGAGAAGACCAAAGUGUUGUCCCAUUCUGUACUUCUCAAUGAUGUUUACUACGCUUCAGAGAUUGAAGAGGUUUGUCUUGUGGAUGACAACCAGUUCACCUUGACCAUUGCAAAUGAAUCUGGACCCCUGUCAUUCAUUCAUAAUGACUGUGACAGUAUUGUCCAAGCUAUUAUUCAUAUCAGAGCAAGAUGGGAACUUUCUCAGCCAGACUCAGUAACAGUGCACCAGAAGAUUCGGCCAAAGGAUGUUCCAGGCACCUUGCUCAAUAUGGCGCUACUAAACCUGGGUUCCUUAGACCCCAACCUGAGAACAGCAGCUUACAAUCUCCUUUGUGCUCUCACUGCCACCUUUGACUUGAAAAUUGAAGGACAGCUAUUAGAAACUUCAGGGUUGUGCAUUCCAUCCAAUAACACCAUCUUCAUCAAGAGUGUCAGUGAGAAGUUGGCAGCUAAUGAGCCUCACCUGACGCUAGAGUUCCUGGAGGAGUGCAUACAGGGCUUCAGGGCUUCCAGCAUCGAACUCAAGCAUUUGUGUCUUGAGUACAUGACGCCAUGGCUGCCCAACCUUACAAGGUUUUGCAAUCAUCCUGAUGACAAGAAGCGUGCUAAGGUUGCCAUGAUUCUAGAUAAGCUCAUAACUCUGACCAUUGAAGAAGUUGAGAUGUACCCAUCCAUACAGGCCAAGAUAUGGGGUAACAUAGGACAAGUGUCAGAGCUGAUAGAUAUGGUGCUCGAUUCCUUCAUUAAGCGGUCGGUGACUGGAGGACUAGGAUCGGGGCAAGCUGAGAUUAUGGCUGACACAGCUGUUGCUUUAGCCUCAGCUAAUGUUGCUUUAGUGGCAAGAAAAGUCAUAGGACGGCUUUGUCGGGUGAUAGACAAGACAUGCACUUCCCCCACAUCUACGCUGGAGCAGCAUUUGAUGUGGGACGACAUAGCCAUCCUGGCACGCUAUUUGCUCAUGCUCUCAUUUAAUAACUGCCUGGAUGUAGCACGCCACUUACCGUACCUGUUUCACAUCAUAACUUUCCUGGUGUGCACUGGGCCACUCAGCAUGAGGGCCUCAACACAUGGCCUAGUUAUCAACAUAAUUCACUCACUGUGUACCUGUACUAAACCCUCAUUUUCUGAAGAAACCCAGAGAGUUCUUCGACUAUCAUUGGACGAAUUCUCCCUGCCCAAGUUUUACCUUCUGUUUGGAAUCAGUAAAGUGAAAUCUGCUGCAGUCACUGCAUUCAGAUCUUCAUACAGACACACAGGAGAGAGGGGACUAAGAUUAGUACCAGAUCGUAGUCUUUCCUGUGGAAUGGGUGACCGAGAAAGACUAUCUCUCCAGUCAUUAGAAACAAUCACUGAUGCACUGCUUGAAAUAAUGGAAGCAUGCAUGCGAGAUAUCCCAGACUGUGAUUGGUUGCAAGCGUGGACUGGCCUUGCUAAGAAUUUUGCAUUCCAGUAUAAUCCAGCUCUCCAGCCAAGGGCCCUUAUUGUAUUUGGAUGUAUUAGUAAGAGUGUGGUUGACCAGGACAUCAAACAGUUACUGCGCAUCUUGGUAAAGGCAUUAGAGAGCUUCUCUGAUAUAACCCUUAUCGAUUCAAUCAUAAUGUGCCUCACGCGUCUUCAACCACUGCUAAGACAGGAGUCUGCCAUUCAUCAAGCCUUGUUUUGGGUGGCUGUAUCUGUAUUGCAGUUAGAUGAAGUGUCACUGUAUGCUUCGGGUUUAGCUUUGCUGGAACAGAACUUACACACGCUGGAUUCUCAGGGAAUCUUUGAUAACAAUACAUUGGAACAUGUUAUGAUGUCAACAAGGGAAUCCCUAGAGUGGUUCUUCAAACAGCUUGAUCACUCUGUCGGACUAAGCUUUAAAGCAAACUUCCACUUUGCAUUAGUGGGGCAUUUGUUAAAAGGUCUGCGUCACCCAGCACCAACCACUGUCUCAAGAACAUCCCGUGUGCUCAUUACUCUCCUCUCAAUUGUAGCUAAACCACACAAAAGAGAUAAAUUCGAGGUGACACCAGAAAAUGUGGCAUACCUGGCAGCUUUGGUUUCAGUAUCUGAGGAAGUCAGAUCUCGAUGUCAUUUAAAAUAUUCAGUUGCGCGCAGCUUAUCCAAAUCAGCGUCGACGGACACAUUUGCUGUUGAUCCCCACCUCAACUUGCCCCUGACAUCAAGCCAAGUUAGCGGUAUCAGCAAUCCACAAGGGGUAUCUCACCAGCACUCAGGAGGUGCCUCGUCUCCCAGUAAUCACAUAUCAUCUCCUGGAUUAUCAUUCCCAACCAUCGGCAGCUUCAGUAGCUUAGCCAGCUCUUCAGCAACAAGUACAACCACAUUAAUGUCAGUUGGGAGUGCCAUAACCCCUGGGGCAGGUAGCAGUGGCAACAGUGGUGGCAGCAAUGGUAUGGGAAGUGCAGCUAAUGCGGCUGCUGCUUCAGUCACAGGAAGUAGCACCAGUGGUAUUGUGAGUGGCGGGGGAACUCCUCAGUCUGUUGGAACGCCAGCAGAAAUGAGACCACCUCCUACCAUCACAAAGGACCCACCCCCACCGUCCAACUCCACAACGCCUGCCAACCGGAGGCAGAAACCCUGGGACGCUAUGGAUCAGAUUCCCUUGUCGCAGGGUGCGAUGGGUAUGCUAGGACCGCUGGGCAUGAUGCAGAAGCAGGGGAGUGCCCAGCACCUGGUGAGCAGAGCCGAUCCCAAGACGUGGCACUCCCUUGACCUUGAUCCCCAUAACAUGAGACCACCACCUUUUAAAACCCAAAGGUCGUCCUCGAUGCCCACACCAAAGGGUGACAUGUCCCCUCCGGACAAGGACCGCAGCACCAGGGUCUCCGUCAGCAACGAAAAUAAUAUCCUCUUGGACCCGGAGGUGUUGACAGAGUUCUCGACCCAAGCCCUCGUCCUCACUGUCUUGGCCACACUAGUGAAGUACACCACGGACGAGAAUGAGAUGAGAGUGCUGUACGAAUACCUGGCUGAGGCUUCAGUCGUCUUCCCCAAGGUCUUCCCUGUCAUCCACUCCCUUCUGGAUGCCAAGAUCACCUCGGUGCUGUCCUUGUGUCAUGAUGGUGUGAUCCUGAGUGCUGUUCAGUCUAUAAUUCAGAAUAUGGUAGCUUGUGAGGACCAAGGACACCAACAACUGCAUGCUCUUCAAAGCUGGGGAUUCGGAGGGCUGUGGAGAUUUGCUGGCCCAUUCACUAAGAGUAAUUGCACAGCAGAGAAUGCAGAAUUGUUUGUCAACUGCUUAGAAGCCAUGGUGGAGACUGCAUUACCAACAGAAGGAGAUGAGGGCUCGGAAAUGGAGUUGGCUCAGUAUCCAUCCAUGCUCUCCGUGGCAUCAGUUAACCUUUCCUCCUCAAUGUCCUCCCUAACUCUAGCUUCACCUACAGAAAAGGUUGUAUCACCUCUCUACAAGAAUUUGGAGUCAUCGACAACAGCACAGCAAAGACCAUGCAGGCUUGAGGCUCUGAGUUUAGCUGUGAACCAGUGAUACUACAGCUGUAAGUAUUUUGUACCCAGGCCCUUAUUCUGAAACAUCACUUUAGCGCUAGAGUCAUGACGAUGUUUGUAACACAACCACAACCCAUGUUAUUUUAGUUCAAGCUCUGUUUUGUUACACAUCCUGGAGUGAUGUUGGAGAAUUGGGGCCAUGGAGGCUGGAUUGCACUACAUGAAUCAGGGACAUUGAGUAGCAUCACAUUUAACAAAGCUGCUCUUGCUAACUUGCAACAGAAUUUAGUCGAUUAAUGAUUGAUUUGUAUAUCUUACCUUUUUUCCCUUAAAGGUUGAUUUCAAGAACAUGGUACCUGUACACUGAU